CUAUUCAGUCCAAUUGCCACACACUGCCUGACGCAAGCUCGCUCGUCCAAGUCCGACGUUGAUACCAUUGGCCGCUGCGCCGCCAUGGCCGUGUCGCCGGACCAGCAGCAGCCACCUGCAGGGGUAGGGUCUCCCUUGCCGUCUCCUCGCCUCCGCGUCCGCGUCCGCGACACCACCCUCGUGCCGCCGUCUCCGUCACCACCGGAGACCUCGCUCCCGCUCACCUUCUUGGACAUCUUCUGGCUGCACUCCCCGCCCGUCGAGCGCCUCUUCAUCUACCGCCUCGCCCCCGACGCUGACGUCGACGCCAUCAUCUCCAGACUCCGGGACUCCUUGCACCAGGCCGUCCGCGCCUUCUACCCUCUCGCCGGCCGCCUCCGCCUCACCCCCGGCACGUCCGACCGCUACGAGCUGCACUACCGCCCGGGUGACGCCGUCACCUUCACCGUCGCCGAGUGCGACGACGAUGACGCGGACGCGCACUUCGACGCCCUCGCCACCGACGAGCCCCGCGAGGUUGCCAAGAUCGCCACGCUCGUGCCGCCGCUGCCGGAGCGCGGCGGGCUGUUCGCCGUCCAGGCCACGCUCCUUCCCGCGCGCCGCGGCCUCUCCAUCGGCGUCACCGUGCACCACGCCGCCUGCGACGGCUCGGGCUCCACGCAUUUCCUGCACACCUGGGCGGUCGCCUGCAGAGCCGGCGCAGAAGCGCCGCCGCCGCCGCCGCCUGUCAUCGACCGGUCACUCAUCGCCGACCCAAGGCGCAUGUACGACGUCUUCAUCCAAGGAGCGCCGAGCACUGAAGAGUACGAGUUCGUCAAGAUGUCCGCCGACCAGCUCUUCGCUACGUUCGCGCUGUCCAAGGACGAACUGAAGCGCAUCAAGGACGCUGUGGCCGAGGAGGCUGCGAGGCGCGGCGUCGCGCCGCCCCGGUGCUCCUCUCUAGUUGCCACCUUCGGCUUCGUCUGGUCGUGCUACCAGCAAGCCAAGGAGGCCAGCAGCGGCGCCGGAGAGUUCCCUAUGACCUGCAUGGCCUUUCCCGUCGACCACCGCUCGCGGAUGGAGCCUCCCCUGCCGGACAAGUACCUCGGCAACUGCGUCGGCCCAGCGUUCGCGCUGGCACCAACAGGCGAGCUGGCCCAGGCCGGCGCAGGCGGGUUCUUUAGCGCGUGCGCCGCCGUCGCCUCCUCCAUCGACGAAGCUGUACGCGACAUCGAGACAUCAAACGUGGAGGUGUGGUUUGACCGCAUCAGGGAUUUAAUCCCGAUGGGUUUUCUGACCGUGGCCGGUUCGCCGAGGUUCCGCGUCUACGAUAUGGACUUCGGAUUCGGCCGGCCGGCGAAGGUGGAUGUCGUGUCCGUGGCGAGGACCGGCGCAGUGGCGGUGGCGGAGAGUUGGGAUGGUAACGGCGGGAUAGAGGUUGGGGUCUCUCUACAGCCGGCUGCCAUGAAGAGGUACAGGAAGUGCUUCGCGGAUGCUAUCGCGUGGCUCCACCAGAGGACAUGAGAGCGACAACUCGAUCUAAUCAAAUAUGGAGAAACGGGUCUUUUACGGAGUCUAUCAUGUGAUGAAAAAUCAACUUGCACUUUCUUCCUUUUAAAUUAUACUACCAUAUUCUAGCUUUUCAACUAGAUAAACCUUUUCUAUUCGUUUAGAUAUGCACACUAUCUAGAUAUGUUAUAAAACACGAUUAUGCAUUUAAAAUUAUUUAAAAAGCUUACACUUUAAUAUAGUGAGAGGAAUAAGGGGUUUUGUUUGUUGCCUCACAUGUCACAAUUAGUCACGUCUAAAGUUAGGUAAGUUUGACUAAGUUAAGCAUAUAUUUGAUUUCGAGCCACAGCUGUGGU